AUGGCCGUUACCAGAAGCCAGGCAAAUCCAAGAAAGUUCAAGUCGAUAAAAGUAAAUAAUAGUGCUUUUGAAAUCAACGAUGCCUCAAAGCAAAAGAAAAGUGUGAAAACUACAAAAUCUUCAAAUAUAAAGGCAGCAUCCAAAGAUGAUACCAACACAUCAAAAUCUACCCCCUGCAAGACUUCGGAUAACCAUAGAAAAAACGAAAAAAGUGAUACAAAGAGAAAACCAAACGAUGUCGAUAACAAAGAUGAGUCUAAGUGCGGCAGUGAACAUAAGGGGAAACGAAUACCUGCUUAUAAAAUAGAACAGUUACAACGGUUACAAAAACUGGUCGAUAUGUCAUCUGUUGCUAAACCAAAGGGUCCAAUUACAUCUAGAGAUUCUUUAAAGAGUUCUAAAAUGACACAAAACUUGAAGUUAAAACUGAAUCAGGACAAUAAAAGUAGAAUUAGUAAUGUAACUAAUUAUGAUCCUGUACGAAAAAAAUAUCUUGAUGGAAAACUAGAUCAUGCUGAACUCGAUAAAGUAAGAGAGAGGUAUGUGAAGAUAAGGAAAUUUAAGGAUGUGAAGGCUCCGAAGCUGCACCAAGAUAAACUGCUCCAAAGGGUCCUAAAUGAAAUUAGUGAAGAUAAUAAGCGACUAAAAUACUGGACUUCGCAUAAUCCACAGUUAGACCUGGAAACUUUUUUAGGUGAUGAAUAUGUGCUUAAUGAAAGUAAAUUAGGCUAUCUGGGGGUGGAUGCUUCACAAAGAGAAAGUUUACUAGAACAAAAAUCGGCCGGUCAAGGGAUAGGUGCUUCAUUGGAUGGAGGUGAAACAAACGUGAGGUAUAAAAGAAUAGAUAUAAAGAAGGAGGAAGAAUCAAGUGAUUUGAAGAACCUGCUCAACGCCUUAGAUACAAUGAAGGAUGUUGAGAUGGUCGAUGAAAACUCGGUUUUCGAUGGAUUGGAGCUAGAGGAUUUCACCGUUAUAAAGAAAUAUCCAUUUGCAAAAAAAGUAUAG